UUAACUUUUAAUUCAAAAUUUUUAAAAUUUGGAAAAUUAAUUAAGUUUCAAAAAUUUUAAUUUAAAAAUUUUACUUUUAAUUAAAAAAUUUAAAACUUAAUUAUGUUUCGAAUAUUAAAAUUAAAUUUUGAAAAUUUAACUUUUAACUCAAAAUAUUUAAAAUUUAGUUUUCAAUUUUAAUUAAGUUGCGAAAAUUUUGAAAUUAAAUAUUGAAAAUUAAAAAUUUUUUAAAUUAAAAAAUUCGCAAUCUUGAAUACGAUACAGUCAAUAAACUUUAGUUUUAUUUCAAAUUUUUAAGUUUCAUUUGAAGCUACUUUGUUUAUAUAAACAAACAAACAUAUAUUAACCGCUAUGCUUGAGUUACGGUCUAGUGUAAGCAGUAAAAAACGAUAAAUAGUAAAGACAAACAGCCGCAUAGAGCGUAAAUUGGUGCAUGCAUGUUGCCGAAUGAAUUUAUCUCUGCAUGAAUGGCUGGGCUAGAUGCCACAUACUCUUAGUAACACAUACAUACAUAUAUUUAUAUAUACAUACACACAUACAUAUAUAUAUAUAUAUUCAUAUUAAGUGUGAAAAUGGAUAAUUGCAUUUUGAUAUGCGUGAACUGGAAUGAAAAUAAAGUAUAGAGCAAUUAAAACAAUACAUACGUACAUAUGUAUCAAAUUAAAAUUUUUAAUAAAGCGAACUUAAAAAAGUUUCAAAACAUUGAUUUGUGUCUUCUUCAAUGGUUACACUGCCUCCCAUGUGACACUUGCUUCAAGCAUUUUUUUUUUGUUUUUCUUUAAUUUUUUUUUUGGAACUUUACACACACUACAUGUGCCACAAAAUUCAGACUUUCAAAAACACUACAAAAAAAUUUUUUUUUUAGUCAAAAACAAUUAGAUUUUUAAACCAUUUAGUUUGUUGUAAAAUUCCCGUAAAAACUCAGCACAAAAUCCACCAGUUUGCUGUUUUACCAAUCGAAUAGCUCGCGACAACUUUGGAGCCAGGCUUUCGGCACGAAAUAUAUUUUUGGCUUACAGGACUCAUAUUUGUUUAUUUUUUAGCAUUGAAUAUAUGAAGCGCCCAGUGACUGCGCACACAGAACAAUGAGUUGCUUCUGUUUUUAGUGGCCCGAAUGAAGCUCAAACAACGCCAACAUAUUUCGAAAAUCGAAGAACACAGUUCAAUAGCAUGCAUGAAAUUAAUGAGGAUCGCGUGCGUGGCUGCCGGCCGGCAAGACAAUGUGCACCCAGACGCGGUUUGGACGCAGCCACGCCUAGGUUUCCGCCAUCGCCACGCCAAUAUGAGGCACACGAGUUUGGCUUAUGCGAAGAUGAGCAAUUCCAACACCCGCGUAUGUUCGAAAAUCUUAACUUUGAAACGAAUGCUGGUGCUUUUGAAGCGAUGCGUGCGGCGAACGCUAGGCCAGCAUAUCAACAGCAGCCGCAAUUCAAUAUCUGUGAUCUGCCAUCAGAGCAGCUGGAUGAUUUUUCAAGCCCCAACUUUAGUGAAGCUUAUGACGAGGACGCAUGCAAUGUUUGUCCGCAACAGCAAAAAACGCCUGAUAUUUGCGAUAUAUCCGCGCCGGACUUCUGCGACAUAUCAGAUGCCUCACCGUGGCCCGCUCAAACACCGCCAAGGCGUGUUCAGUCACCCAGAAGACAACAACAAAGAACUCCUGAUUUAUGCGAUAUAUCCGCGCCGGACUUCUGCGACAUAUCAGAUGCCUCACCGUGGCCGGCUCAAUCGCCGCCAAGGCGUGUGGGAUCACCCAGAAGACAGCAACAAAGAACUCCUGAUUUAUGCGAUAUAUCCGCGCCGGACUUUGGCGAUAUAUCAGCCAUUUCAACUAGCCCUCCGAGGCGUACACAAUCGCCAGUGCACCAACAGAGAAGCCGAUCAUUUCCGGAUAGUUGCUUAGAUGAUGAAUCAGCCCCAAUAUGCAACAGCACAAUGUGCUCGCCGUCGCCACAAGUACAUUAUACACCUAUCGGUUUGAUGGAUACACCCGAUGUGUGUGCACCUACGCCACCGGCGCCGACACCAACACCGCCACCUCAUUUUUCGCCGAUCAGACUACAGCCGUCACCUGUACAGUAUCCCAGCGAAUGCUUGGAAGAUAUUUCUGUGCCUUCAUUUGAACGCACCGUCUGCGAUAUGCCAUCACCAGCAAGAGUGCAAAUGCCGGAGAAUUUGCCUUCCGAUAUGGUUUGUGAUAUUAGCGCUCCGUCGUUCGGUUCACCGCCAACGCCGUCCAUGUCUUUUCCAAGUGAGGCAUUAGAACAAAUGACAAUGCCUUCAUUCGAGGACGCCUCAUGUGGUUCACCAUUAGAUAUGCGCUUCCUUUUGGAUUCCAGAUUGGCCGAAGAGAGUCCACCGUCAUUCGUCUCCUCACGUGCUUCCUCGCCGAAACGAUCCAUCUCCAGAAGAGACACACCUUUUCCAGCAGCGCCAACAUCACAAGGUGUCUGCCCAUCACCGUGUGCAGUACUUCAACAGGAACAACAAAACUAUGAGCCUACUCCGAUACGCAAACGACCACCUCGUAGGUUCAAUCUUGCACAGUUAAUAGCACAACGUUCAGCAACUCCAGAAUGCUCACCAAAGAGAGCUUUGUGUCCUUCUACAGUAGGUACACCUACUCCCCCAGCGCCACAUUUUUCCUAUUAUUCUCCGACACCAGUUCGGGGUCACUCUCUCCCUAAAGACUUGCCUAGUGAAUGUCUCACAGAUGUCAGCCAACCAUCAUACUACAGCAGUCCUCCUCGAACACCUGGUCGAAUGCGUCCUCUACCUAGUAAUUUACCUAGUGAAUGUCUUGGGGAUAUUAGUGAGCCAUCAUAUGAAAGGACCCCACCAGCACGAACACCGUCUCUGCCACAUGAACUGCCGUCCGAACUUUUAUGUGAUAUGUCCCAGCCGAUGUACGACACACCACGCAGUGAACGCUUGUCCAGCAUGACAAUGCCUUCAUUUGAAGACGCAUCCUGUGGAUCACCAUUGGAUCGGCGAUUUUUAUUGGAUUCAAGAAUUAUGGACGAAAGUCAACCAUCUUUUGCUCCUUCACCUCGCAGUUUAUCACCGUGCAGAUCACUUUCGCCUUGUGCUCAACCACCAGCGAUAUGUCCAUCCAUUCCACAUUCACAGUCCCGAUCUGCAACUCCUCAACGAUCACAAUAUUCUCCUCGGUAUUCACCAGCACCGAGGUCUGCACGUUCAAGGAGUCCCUCGCCUGUGUGUUCUCCUACGCCACCUGCCCCGCAUUUCAGUUUGCGAUCUCCUACACCGGUGAGAUCACCAACCAGAUGUCCAAUGCCAACAGAUAUGCCAGAUGAAUGUUUGACAGAUAUAACUGAACCAGAAUAUUUUAGCAGUUAUUACAACGCAUCGCCGCCUCAAAGGUCAUUCCCGAGUAAUAUGGGCAGUGAAUGCAUAUCUGAUAUUAGUGCUCCAUGUUUUGAGAGGACGCCACCUGUUAGGACUCCGGAAAUGCCAAAGAAUCUACCAUCAGAUAUGAUAUGUGACAUAAGCUCGCCAAAGUAUCAAUCGCCAGGUAGCGAGCAUUUAUCUUAUGAAUCAAUGCCAUCUUUUGCGGACACUUCGUGUGGAUCACCAUUGGAUCGAAGAUUCCUUUUAGAUCCCCGUUUGGCGGAUGAAUCCAUGCCUACAAUGGUUUCUUCUAGAUCACCAUCACUUUCACGUGGAAACCAGUCUUCAUCAAGUGUAAAAGACGAAUCGAGCUUUGACAAAACGUAUUGCGAAAUUAUUCAGCGUUUCAAUUCAUUAAAAUCUAAACUUGAUACACCUCUGGCUGGCACAUCUGGUCAUUCAGCACAACCUAGUUUGGACAGUGGCGGGCUGCCACCAGGUGAAUGUGUUCGAGAAACAGUUAUAGAACGAACGGAAAACGAGAAUGGACAACUUGAAAGCACGACCCAGCACAUUGUUGUCACAGUUGAUCCAUGCGGGUCCAUACAAACACACACUAAAGAAAUUAAGACUAAAUAUCCGAAUAGUUCACCUACCAGGUUAGCCCCUCCUUCCGCGGAUUCUGGUAUACUCACCCAAAGCCCAAGGCCAGCAGCGCAAAUUGACAAUUUGCGUGACUCCAUACGUAGACGUUUAAGUUUCGAUCUAUCCGACAUGCCAUGUGACAAUCUAGCCGAUGUCACUCCACCAUGUGCAGAUGACUUACCGUCUAUGUCCGCAGAAAAUAUUCUGCAACAUUUAUCAAGCAUUCCCGAAGAACAACUAUCAAGAGUUUCAGCACCAUCUUAUCGAACUCCCCCGGUUCCAUCUCUUUCAUAUCCAAGUGAAAUGUUGGAUGAAAUGUCCAUCCCAUCUUUCCAGAAUGCAUCAUGCGGUUCACCGCUGGAUCGGCGAUUCCUACUAGAUCCUAGGCUAGCAGACGAGAGCCCACCAUUAUUUGCAUCAUCCUAUGUCUCAUCACCAACCCCACCUUAUCGUUCCG